UUAAUAUUAAAAAUUUUAAUUUAGUUUAUGAAAGUAAAUUAAUACGUAAGAAAUAUGUCUAGCACAUCGCAGAAACAUAAAAACUUUGUGGCAGAGCCAAUGGGUAGUAAACCUGUUACAGACCUUGCUGGAGUUGGAGAAGUUUUAGGACGUAGAUUAGAAGCUGCUGGCUUUGAUAAGGCAUAUGUAGUUCUUGGGCAAUAUUUGGUCUUAAAGAAGAACAGGGAAUUAUUUCAAGAAUGGAUGAAAGAUGCAUGUUCAGCUAAUGCAAAACAGUCUAAUGAUUGUUAUCAGUGCCUUUCUGAUUGGUGUGAAGAAUUUUUGUAAAGUAAUUAAUAAAGUUAAUAACGUUAAUAUUGCAAAACUAAAACUACUAAGAGAUUAUCUAUUAUAAUAUUUUAAUGUAAAAUGUGAAAACAAGUUCACUUUUGUGAAUUCAAUAUUUUAGACAAUUUUAAUAUAAUAUAACGAGAGUAAUUAUAUAAAAUGGUAUUUUAACAUACUGUAUAAAUUUAUAGUUUUAUUUCAUGUUAACAAUAAUAUAGUUAGCAAUAGCUCGAUAUUGGCAGGUUAAAUCUUGACAUUAAUUUUUAGUAAGGUCUUAGUUAUUUGUUUAAAAACUGUGUACUAUAAAACAUGUAAUAGUUGCUAUAUUUUCUACAUAUUCAUAUAACAUUGUAUAAGCUACUCAGUAUAUAAAUUUUUUACUUGUAAUAAUAUUUCACUUCUUAUAUCUUUUGUUAUACAAAAGUUUAAGAAAUAAGUAGAAAGCUUAAUUCAGAAAUAUAUUUUUGGGUAUAAUAUUUAAUAACUGAAAUGUUCAAAACAUAUACAUGUAUUUACAAGACUGUAGUGAUAUUCUAAAUUAAAGAUUUAGAUAAAUCUCGAAACUGCUAAAUCAAGGUAAAUACCAACAUUAAUAAAACUAUUUUUCAUAUCAUAA